AUUUGUUUUGAGGCAUUUAAUCUAACACUGGAACUUUCAACUUUCAAAACAUUUUACCCUGUCGAUAAACUGAAAUUCAGUCAAAUCCACUUUACCGAAAAUUUUUAACUAUUGAAAAUAUCAUAAAGGUUUGAAUCUUUGCGGAAAUGUUUGGAAACAAGCACGGACGAAGAGAUAUGGCUUCUAGCAGUUGCUUAACAUUUCUGUUUAUUUUGUUUGUAAUUUCACUGAAUUUUCAUACAACACUCAGUAAUGGAUCGUCACAGGCGUCCGAUUCACUCAUUCUAGUUGUUAGCUUAGUUCGCCACGGAACAGCUACUCCUGGCAUUCUGCUUCCCAAUGACCCCCACUACGAGAUGUGGAACAAGAUAGGCUACCCCCAGAAACUGACACCUGUGGGGUCACAGCAGCAGUAUGAACUGGGCAAGCUACUGAGGGAGAGAUAUGGCACAGACUACUUGUCCGACAGAUUCUCCCCUAACGAGAUCUCGAUCGUGAGCACCGGUCGAACCCGUUCGAUUCUCUCUGCCCAGAAUACAAUGGCAGGCUUCUACAAUCUGAGGAGGGAGAAGGAGGACUUUGAGAAGUGCAGUGGGAUGGACGUGCAUCCCGAUUGCGAGGUGUUCCCGGUUGAGAAGACGGCCGAACUCACGUACAGGGAGAAAUGGUACAACUGCUCUCGGCUAUCUGAAUUGAAUCGCAAGACCAUCGGACCCCUCAGGACUAUCGCACUACAAGGUCACCAGGAAUUCUUUGAAAAGAUGACGAAGGUGACGGGGUUCCAGCUGACCAACUUCAAUGAGUUGAGAGACGUGCACGAGGCACUGGAUGCCAUGAAGGCGUAUGGACUGCCCCUCCCCCACUGGGCCACGAAGGACAUAGUGAACCAACUCAAGGCUCUUUACACGCACGACUACGACCUGUUGUUCACGGAAGACGAGCAGAGGAGGCUGACGGGGGGACCAGUGCUGAAUAUCAUCCUCAAUGCUCUCAAGACAUCCGCCAGUGCCGCCAUCAACUCAUGCGCACACGACCACGACGUGGAAGACUGUAUCAAGGACUAUGACAUGCCGCCCAAGAUGAAGUUGCUGUUUGGACAUACCAGUUCAAUGAUGUCCCUCACAAAGGCCAUAGGCAUAGAACUCAGUCACGUGCCAGGAUUCGCUGCGUGUCUACUGUUCGAGUUGUACCAGAGCCAGGACAACCCUGACUACUUCUACAUCAAGACUCUGUUCAAGAACAGCACCCACACUUCCGACUUCCACCUGUUGGAGAUCCCCAACUGUGGUAGAUGGUGUGAGCUGAACACAUUCGUGGACACUCUAGAGCCCAUGGCCGUCACCAACUACACUACCGAGUGUGGAAAGGUGUCACCUCUUGAGCCAUACACAGUAGACAACUCAUUCCUAGUUAAACGGAGCAAGCAGCAGAAAGAGGAAAAAGAUGCUUCAGAUGCUUUGAUUUCGGACAAAAAGUCAGGAAAGCAAGCAAAUGAAUCAGCAGAAAAACAACAAGAUAAACAACAAAAGUCAGAUGGAAAACAAGCAAAUAAGAAAUCAAAGAAGAACAAAAAUAAAGCUAAAGUAGAUCUCUGAGUUUGAGAAACUGGAAAGCAGAAACUAAACGUGGCUUUCAAAUCAAUUUUGUGGUCAUCAAAUUAUGUAGUCAGGUCAAACCGAAUACAUUUUAAUCUGAAAUAUUAUCCUUCCAUAUAGUAGAUUUAGAUUUAUAAGAAACAGAAUUUAUUUUUCAUCCUAAUGAGAAUUCAAUUUCAAAUAUUU